AUGCCGAAAUUCAACAAAAAACACCGCUCCGGCGGCGGUGACGCCGGCGCACCCUCAUCUUCACCCUACGCCCGCCCGUCCUCCUCCUCCACCUCCAAACCCACCGGCACAUCCAACGCAAUAUUCAAAAUGAACACUGACAUCGGUCAACACGUUCUCAAGAACCCCGGUGUCGCACAAGCCAUUGUCGAUAAAGCCGACCUGAAACAAUCCGACAUCGUAUUAGAAGUCGGCCCCGGAAGCGGCAACUUGACGGUCAAAAUCCUCGAAAAAGCCAAACGCUGCGUCGCCGUCGAACUCGAUCCUCGCAUGGCCGCCGAAGUCACCAAACGAGUACAAGGAACCAGUAUGGGCAAACGUCUCGACGUUGUAUUAGGCGACGUGAUCAAAACCCAACUCCCGUACUUCGAUGUCUGUAUUUCCAACACACCAUAUCAAAUCUCCAGUCCACUGGUAUUCAAAUUACUCGCCGUCAGUCCCGCGCCCAGAGUGUGUAUAUUGAUGUUUCAACGCGAAUUCGCACUUCGAUUGUUCGCCAAACCCGGUGAUAAACUCUACAGUCGGUUAUCCGUCAAUGCCCAGAUGUGGGCGAAAAUCGAUCAUAUUAUGAAAGUGGGCAAGAAUAAUUUCAAGCCGCCGCCAGCGGUGGAAAGUAGUGUGGUUCGUCUGGUGCCGAAGAAUCCAAGGCCGAAUAUUUCAUAUGAGGAAUGGGAUGGGCUGUUAAGGAUUUGUUUUGUGAGGAAGAACAAGACCCUCCGCGCGAAUUUCUUGGGGACGACGAGUAUCAUGAAUAUGCUGGAGGCGAAUUAUCGGACUUGGUGUGCUCAGAAUGAUAUACCUAUCCAGGAUGGGCCAGUCGCUGACGAGUCGUCGAAUCUGAUGGAUGUGGAAAAUUCCAUGGCUACAAACCCCAAUGGAGAUGAAGAAGAAGAGUUGAAUGGUGACGGUGGUAUGAUGGACAUCGACUCCGACAACGACGAUGACGACCUCCCUGAAUUCUUCAAACAAAGUCUCCAAUCCUCCAAAACCUCCAAAUCAUCGUCAAGUCGCAAGAAAAAAGGCCAAGUCGCUGAAUUGGUGCGUGAAAAGGUUCGAAGUGUUUUGGAGGAUAAAACUCAACUGGCCGAUAAACGGGCGCGGAUGUGUGAUCAAGGUGAUUUUUUGAAAUUGUUGUGGAAUUUCAAUCAAGAGGGGAUUCAUUUUCAGUGAGAAACCACAGCAAUGACGACGA